GGGGGAAGUUGGCACGCUUAGAAUGGUCCCUCUUGAGGAGAUACGUCGGGGAUAUGAGAUCCUUACGAGGCUCCCAAAGCGCCGUAAAGAAUUUGUAGACAUGCAAUACAAUAAGUUAAAAGAGAAUGGGGGAAUUCAACUUGCAUUGAACUUACAGAGAGAAUACAUGGAUGAGCUUCGUGGACGAAUUGAACUCGCUGUUGCCCUGCAGGAUGGCAGAGUGGCCAUUGAUGCUAUCGAAACGCUUUUUACCGUUUACGAAAUUACACAACGUCUUGGUUGUGAGGAAGAAAUUGAAAGGGUUCGUGCGGACCUGACCCGUGACGUCUGUACGGCCAUUUCCGCCUUUUGUUCAAGCUAUGACUUCACGGCAGGGUGCACUCUGUACGAAAAGCUCAUUGCCAUGAUGCCAUGGUCAAAACACCCCGCUUUCACUGCUACGGAUUCCAGCAGUGCCCACCACGAAAUUAAAAGCGACAGGCAUGAGGCGACUGCCAUGGAGAUUGCUGAGAGACUGCGCCUCCUUACCGCUCUCGCGAAUUGUGUGGGCAUGGACGUUGCGCAUUUCAUCUAUGUGCGGGACGCCGUAGUCGAGCUUUUUUCCAAUACAGAUGUGGGGUACUUGCCUGCUACACGGAAAAUCUCACAGGAGAACCUUUGUGCCGUUCUUCGUGCAUUGUCGCGUGUCACACUUGAUCCACAGGCGAGGAUGAGUGCAAGCCAGUCAUUUUUUUGCGCCAUACAACAAAACUCACAGGCGGAUGUCUUUCUUGCGCCCGAAGUCACAGAGGCGCUGCUACAAGUGGCCAGUGCGGCACGGGAUGGAAAUGUGGCGUUGCUCCUUUACAACCAGUUGACGGCACCCAGAGUUCAUCGUGAGGAUGCUCCGGCAAAUAUCAUUGCCAUUCUUUUAGCCGAGAAUGACGCGCUGGACGAUUUCACACGAUUUUUGAGUUUUGUGGGCCUGCGCCGGCGGGUUAUGGCUUCCUCUGCGGUGCAAUUACUUGCGGCGAAACUUCUGCUUCAGCGUAAACCUUCCAAUGUUUUGUACACCGUUUUGGAAAUGAUUGAGGAGAAGCACGAGGUGGAACCGCAGCGAACUUUUUUUCUUCGCCUCCUUGUGUUUUACCGUGACCUGCAGCGACAGACGCCUAUGGAAGGGUCUUCUGUGGCUAUUCCGCGCUUGCAUGAACAUGCACUAGUAAUUCUUGAGGAAUGGCGAGAGACGUUGCGUCGCUCCGGUGUGAGGACUGUUGCCCUCACUACACUUCAACUUCUUCAACAAAUCCGCCAGCAUCUUGUGGGUAUGGUGGCAUUGCGAGAGGACGCAUCGGAGGGGGGGAUGGAGGCGGUGUCAUCAAUAUUGACUUGCAUUGAGGGGAUGUUGUUGGAUUUUUCGCUGGGUUGGCUGAAUCACUGCGCUGCGGCUUCCCGCACGCCGCAGUAUCAUGUCACGGGUGCGGAGCUGCGUCGUUGGGGAUUUGGGAAGACGAAUGAAACCAACGACACGUGUCGCUCCGGCGUCGUUGUAAAGACACUAAGCCAUGCCGUGAUGUGGCCAGGGACCAUCGCGACACUUCCUGUUGAGGGGCGCCGGGUGUUGCUACGAAAGGCGUAUGAUGUCUUGUACUCUGCAACAAAAGCGGGGGG